AUGGGUUUCUUCGAUAGAAAGAGCAAGGAAUCUAGUCGUCCAGACUCGUUGGACGCUACCUCGCCUAGCGAGCUUCCAUCCUCAGAAAAGUUCGACGAGGCACAGGUCCGGGCCGCAUCUGUUAUCUCUGGCGACGAGAAGCCAGCAGCUGGAGUUGACCCUGACACAACGCCAAAUGACGAAGAAGACCCUGACGUCGAAUAUCCUACAACUUUCAAGCUCACCCUCAUCACCAUUGCUCUGUGCUUGACGGUAUUCUGUAUAGCUUUGGACAAUACCAUCAUCGCAACCGCCAUCCCCAAAAUCACAGAUCACUUCAAGGCAAUUGACGAUAUUGCUUGGUAUGGAUCUGCAUACCUUCUGACGACAUGUUCCUUCCAACUGUUCUUUGGUAAGCUCUACUCAUUCUUGAGCUUGAAAUGGGUCUUCCUUACAGCGCUGUGCAUCUUUGAGCUUGGCUCUUUCCUGUGUGGUAUUGCUCCAACCUCAACAGCCCUUAUUGUUGGACGUGCCAUUGCUGGCGUGGGCUCUGCUGGUCUGUUCUCGGGAGCUAUUUUGAUCAUCGCAAACUCCGUACCUCUUCGAUCAAGACCAUCAUAUACUGGUCUCAUUGGCGCUAUGUAUGGUCUCGCCAGUGUAGCAGGUCCAUUGAUGGGUGGUGCUUUCACCGACCACCUGACUUGGCGAUGGUGUUUCUACAUCAACCUUCCCUUCGGAGCCGUCACCAUCAUCUUCAUCUUCUUCUUCUUCAACCCCACCAAGAGCGCAAAGAAACUUUCCGUCGGCUUGAAGAACCGCGUCAUGGAUUUCGACCCUGCUGGCACUGUCGUCUUCUUGCCUAUGAUUAUUUGUCUCUUGCUCGCACUGCAAUGGGGAGGUAGCACAUAUGCUUGGAGCAACGGCCGCAUCAUUGCUCUCUUUGUGGUGUUUGGCAUCCUCUGUGCCAUCUUCAUCUUUAUCCAAUUCUACGUCGGAGACAAAGCCACAAUUCCCAUUCGUGUCAUUAAACAACGCAGUGUUGCAGCAAGCGCCUGGUUCGGUGUCUCUCUGGGAGCUGCAUUCUUCUUAUUCGUAUACUACCUUCCCAUCUGGUUCCAAGCCAUCAAAGGCGUCUCCGCAACAAAAUCUGGAAUCAUGUCUUUACCCAUGAUUNNUUUGGGGGUUGUGAUUUGCUCGGUGGUGGCUGGAGGUUUGGUGACUACAUUUGGUUACUACACACCCUUCAUGAUUGGCUCUUCAGUGCUUAUGGCUAUUGGCGCAGGCAUGCUCACCACCUUCAAAGUCAACACCGGCCAUGCAGAAUGGAUAGGCUACCAAGCCCUCUUCGGCAUCGGCGUCGGCAUGGGCAUGCAACAAAUCCUCAUCGCCGUGCAAACCGUGCUCCCCACCGCCGACAUCCCCACCGGCACCGCCAUCGUAAUGUUUUUCCAAACCCUCGGUGGUGCCCUCUUCAUCUCCGUCGGCCAAAACGUCUUCACCAAUAAACUGGUUUCUGGCCUUAAAGCCGCUGUGCCGGACUUGGAUCCAGCUAUUGUGCUACAAACCGGAGCUACAGAGUUGAAGACUGCUAUAGGAGAACAAUACAGAGAUGGUGUGUUGAAGGCUUAUAAUGAUGCCUUGGCCAAUUCUUACUAUGUUGCCGUUGCGCUUGCCACGCUUUCGAUUGUGGGAUCGUUGGCUGUGGAGUGGAAGUCAGUCAAAGGCAAGAAAGUUGAAAUGAUGGCUGCGUAA